AUGGCUGCCAUGGUUGCCGCGCGUGUCCUGUCUUCAGUUUUGCAAUCGCUCCUUCUGGGAGCAAAAAACGUUGGCUAUGAGCUGGAUGGGGCCACAGAGGAGUGGAUGAAGCAGCGUGAGGAGAUGCUGAGCCAGGAGAUGGCUCGGCUGCUGGAGGAGGUGGAGGAACUGGAGCAGAUGAGGCAGGAGCAGGGCUGUGUUGCCUGGAGAGCGAUGCUCUCAGCUGCCUUGCAGCAGUGGCAGUUCUGGGCCAUUGCCGGCAUAUUUCUCCUGCUCUCGGUGCUGUGCUGGCGGCUCAGGAGAUGGAGCCAUGCAGCAGCCAGCAGCAGCAAAGAGAUCUUCAGGAGCUACGUAGAGUUGGAUGGAGGUGAAGAGGAGCAGGAACGUGAGCAAGAGGAGCUGCAGGAGGAAGUACGUGAUGAGGAAGAUUCUAAAGAAUUGAAGGAUCUGGACAGGAUCUUUGCUGAGAGCUUAGAGUGGCCAGGGCAGGAGCUCGCCUACGGGUGCCAGGAGGUGAAGGAGCUGGUGGGGGAAGUCAUCCAGGUCUACCAAGAGCUGUCCUCUGGUACUUUCUUCCCGGUGAUGCAGCCACCCAUUGGAGUAGGCAGCACCUACGAAGGUUGGAGUCCUCAUGGCAAUGAUGCUGUCUACCGCCUGCUGGUGCCACUCAAGCCCGGUCUCGGGCAUGCCUUCUACAUGAAGGAGAAAAUCCUGGAGGAGAGGCCAAAGCAAACCUUCUGGAUCCGAGUGCGACGAAAGUGCACCUGUGCAACAGAAGAGCCAGUGCCCUGCUUCUUCCACCACCCUCAGGAGAGGCAGAGGAGACAGGGCCGUUCCCACGAGCUGGGCAUCCUCUGCACUGACUCCUACCUAGAUGUGCACAAAACUGUCAGCUGGUUCCAGAACUUUGUGAUGUCAGUCUGGGGCGUGAGGCCUAAGAUGCGUUCCUACCAUCUAAAGCUGCUGCCCUCCACGCGCUCUUGCAAGCUGCAGCUGACAGAUGGCCUCGGGAGAGCCUUUGUCAUUGAGAUCUUAUUUGGGCUGCAGCGAGCUGACUCGGACAUCUUCCUGUGCAGCCGCAGCAGAGAGGCCACCUGGACCACAAGCUUGACAUGGUCAGGGAGCUGUGCUGUGGCAGAGGUGAAGUUCUUCCAGCAUAUCGCCAGGCAGGUGCCACAGGGCAGCUGCCACCUCAAAUGCCUGCAGGUGUGCACCCAAAUCCUGGCGGGCACAGGCUUUUCUCCCUCCACUCUGAAGGUGGUUGUGAUGCACCUCCUGAGCAGCACACCCGUGUCAGGCUGGUGCAGGAGGGAUUUUGUGCUGCGGCUCAAGGACAUCAUGCAGUACCUGCGCUGCUGCCUGGAAAACAAACACCUCAGCCACUUCUUCAUUGGCAGUGAGAGCAUGCCCGAGGAGAUAAGCCUGCCCCCAGCCUAUGAAAUGGCUGAGCCACUCAACCUCUUCCAAGGCCUCGCCCAGGAUCCAGCCGCCCACACCAAGGCCAUGCAUGAGUUUGAGGAGAGCUAUGACAAGCUCAAAAGGCUGCUGUGCAGCGCAGCUGGCAGCCCAGGGUGGAGGCUGCUGUGCACUGCCGGCUCUCCGGAGAGCUCCUUCCCCGAGGACCGAGGCACCUUUGUACACCUGCAGUGGCGCUGCGCAGCAGUGUUACCAUGGGCUCCCGUGACAGCCACAGAAGUCUUGGCUGAGACUUUGGGAUUGCUCAUCGUGGGACGGCAAGAGGCUGGCAGUGAGUUGGAUGAGGCCACGCAGGAGCACAUGCAGCAGCAUCAGAGGGCCUCGCGCAGGAUCCAGCCGCCCACACCAAGGCUGCUCACAAGGCUGCUCUAUCGUCCACAAGAGGAGGUCUUCAAGCCCAGAGCUGAGAGCAGAGCUGCUUCUAGCAGUGCCUCGGCCGUUGGUGAGCGUUCGGGGCCAGGCGUGGGCGAGCUGUGCCUGGCUCAGCCCCACGGCUGUGCCUUCGCGGAGCCGGAGCCGGAGCCGGAGCCGCGGGCGCGGAGGGGUCGCCAGCGCCUCCGGUGCGGCUUCCCCUAG